AUGGCGUCGCACAUUACGUAUGAUGGGGUUACAGGCGCAGCGGCGGGUGGCAACAUCUUCAAGGAUAUCAAAUUCUGGGUUUCCAGAAGAGUUCCCCAAAGAGACAGCAUUAUCGACAAGAUUCAGAGCAACUCGGGUAUUGUCGUCGCUUUGGAGAAAGAUGCAGACAUGCUCAUUGCAGACCACGCAAGAAAAGAUGCACCACUGGGAUCAUAUUCAUGGAAGUACAUCACAGAGUCUGUAAAUGCUGGCAUUAUCCAGGUCGAAGACAAGUAUCUCAUAGGACCUCCGCCCAACCAGCGCCGAUCAGUGCUCACAGGCGCACAUGCCAAGAAAACUCGGACACCCUUUACAGAACAAGACGACGCCAUCGUUGCCAAGUGGGUUCUCGAGCAUGGGAUCGAUACGGCUGGGAACAAAAUGUACAUGGAGCUGGAAGACGCAUAUCCCCAUCAUCCUUGGCAGUCAUGGAGGAAUCGGUGGGUAAAGAUCUUAUCAGCAAGGUCCAAUGCAGAGAUAGAUCGCCUGGCAAGAUUGGCCAACGUGGAUGUGGACAAUGCACCAAUUACCGCGAGACAUAUUAUCAGGAGACACCAGAGAGAGGACUGGCCAGAGGCACCUCAGAGCAACGCUGUCCCCAACAGCAACCGAAACCCUCAAAAUCACAACGUACCGGCGGUGCCUAGAGUAUCUAGAAGUGAACAAAAUCAGCCCCGAGAUGUGGCACCACCUGAUCGCAAUAGGAGAACCGCCACAGAUGAUGCAGCUUCUAAGCCAAACAAUCAUGGUGAUGAAGAAGAUGAUACGGUUAUUCACCACGAUACGGCUGGUGAAGCUAGGCCAGCUGCCGCCACAGAGGCUGAGAGGCAACCAAUACAGAAGCGAGCGAAAAGUGCUAGAGUGGAACCAGGAGGCGCAUUAAGAGAAGAAGAGAAAAGAAAUGCUGAACAAGACGCUGAAAAUGACGACAACCAAGACGAAGCCAGUGUUGAUGGCGGCCUAUCUUCCUUCUCAGAGAGAGAGCAGUUCCUCAGCGAUCUCCAAGACUAUUGCGAGGCAAAUGACAGGGCGCUUGACACACGGUGUGUUAUCAGGGACAAAGAAGUAGACCUGUGGGAAUUGUUUCGCGCUGUUAGCGUACAAGAAUUACCUCCAGAUGAGUUGGACUGGCAGCAAGUGGCAGAGCACGUGGGACUUGGGCAGAUGCGAAACGGCGAGGCCGUCACUGCUUUACUAAGAUCGAGCUACGAUCAUCAUCUCGCAGACUUCGUAGAAGCUAUGAUGAGCUUUGAAGAAAACGAGGAGGAUCCUGAUGAGGAUAUUGCUGAAGGCGAGGAAACACUCAUAGGAGAUGAGGAAACUGCGGCGGGAUCAAAAACACCACGGCGCUCACAGAGAAACAGCGCAGCAUCCCCGUUAUCAAACGACAACGGGGGCUCAAAUUUGAGAAAAAGGUUACCAGAAGGGCAGCUUUCAACACCAACCAAACUGGCCAAGCGAAGACGAACAGUGCACUCCGAGAUUCCAGUGACUCCCGAAGACAAGCUGAGAACCGGCAGGCCCUCAUCCGCACCAGCAUCAGCACCAGGUAAUCUGCAAAGCAUGGCGGAUCAAGAGCAAGAACUGCCAGAGAUGGAGGAGUCGCAGCAAAGGACACCACGGCAGAAUCAACAACGACAGCAAUCGCCCGACGAGCCAGAUAUGACUCCCUCUCAACAACUACGGAGCGAGACUGAUUCGAUUGCGAGCCCCGAACAUAAUGAAUCAAGGACUCCCACUCUCUAUUACAGUCCAACAGCAUCUUAUCCCCACAGACAACUUGAAACAAUACAAGAGGAAGACUCAGCCACAUCUACGCCGACAAAGUCGAGGUCUAAGAGGCGCGAGCUCCCAGCGUCUUUUCAACAGCCUCGGGAACCUCGGCUCAUGCAGCUUGAGGAGAGGCGAGAAAAGAGGCGGCAGCUGGAACAAGAACGACGGCAACGGCAACAGCAGCGACAGCAGCAACGACUGGAAGAGCAUCGACAGCAAGAACUACGACAGGAAGAAAGGCGGCGAGAAGAAGAGCAACAACAGCAACAGCAACAGGAAGAACAGCAGCGAGAAGGUGAUCAAGCACAGGAGCAGGAACAGGAACUGCAACGACAGCGAUGGCACCAAGACGCAGCCGACUCGAGCGAAACCGACCCAGAAGUUGUCCAACAGAGCCAAGAACAAUUCAUCUCCUGGAAGGAACACUACCUCGACCAGGGCUUCUCCGAGGAAAUCAUCAUCGAAGCCAUGCGCCGCACCACAAUGACCCCCGGCGAAGCCAUGGAGGCCGUCCUCACGAGUCUAAGAGACGGGCAGGGCAUCCCGCCCAACCACGAGGGCAUCUGGACGGACCGCGAUGACGCCCAGUUGAAAUACGUAGUCCGCGUCGGCGAUCUGCGGCGCGCGGACGAGGACAACGGCGAUACGCGACGGCGCAAGGAGAAGGCGCGCAAGAUGCUCGACAGGCUCCUGUUCAAGCACGACGAGUCCAGGGUUAAGCUGCGUAGGAAGUUUCAUCGGGCGGUGGCCUUGGCGGAGAGGGACAGGCGGCGGAGGGAUAGGCAGUCGAGGGAAGGGAUUGAUCAAUGA